CUGGGACCGACUUCGUACCGAGGAUGUAGCACUGCUGUAGGUGACAAAUGAACUUACAGAGGGGUGGGUCGGUGCCGAGAGAAUGGAGGGAGAGAGAGAGAGAGAGAGAGAGACUGUUAGCGCGACUCUGAGAGAGAGAGGUUGCUGCUCUAGCUUAAGUGCUCAGAUAGGGCAGCUGCAGAGAAACAUAGGAGAGAAAUAGAGAGAGGGCCAGCGGGCGGCGGAAGCGGUGCGACGGGGCUAGUGGCUGGCCGAUAUCGACGGCGGCGAGAGCUUCGAGGGAGGAAGAGUGAGAAUAAUUUCAGAUUUUCUAGGCGUAAGGUUGACAGAGAAGGGAAACGGAAAUCACUGGAGGGGCAUCGUUGUGCGACAGGGACUUACCGAGAGAGAAGACGCGACGGAUCUGGGGUGUCCGAACUACGGUGGGGACUAAUGGGCCUCCUCUGUGCGUGAUGGGGGAACACUGAAGUGAGAGAGGGAAUUCGGUACCGUUAACAGAGAAACACAACGGCAAAAAGGAAAGGAGAGGAAUUUCGGCGUGAAAUUACAGGAAAGGUGCGACGGUGAAGGGAGUGACCGGUCGGCUGUUUCUGGGGGUCUUCCGGCGAAGUAGCUUGGCUGGAAAAAUCUGUGAUGUCUCGGUUUGAGGAAGGAAAUGCUACGGUGCUGUGAAAGUGGGUUGUUGUUUUGAAAUCGCAGAGGGGGCAGAGGGUGUUCGACGUGUUCGAUUUGGAGUCAAACAAUGGCCGCCGUAAGCUAACAAUUCGGUCAUGUUACCCUAGAAGAGAGGGAGUCAAACAAUGCUGCUGAGUUGAAACAAAGAAGCAUAUGAUGAAACACUACAACGCCAUCCUGCCUUUGUUAGACAAAUGCAAAACCAUGGCUGAGUUGAGACAACUACAUGGGCUGAUGAUUACUACAUCAGUGAUAAAAUAUGUGAUACCCUUGAGCAGGCUUAUUGAUUUUUGUGCGAAUUCCAAAGCUGGAGACCUUGAUUAUGCAGAGUCAGUUUUUAGCCAAAUUGAAGUGCCUGGUGCAUAUAUUUGGAAUUCCAUGAUCAAAGCUUACUCAAACAUCAACAACCCAGAUGAGGCUUUGCAUAUGUAUAGAGAAAUGCAGCGAAGAGGUUACUCACCGGACCAUUUUACGUUUCCUUUUGUGCUCAAAGCAUGUUCAGUAAUUACGAAUCCACAUCAUGGGAAAUGCAUUCAUUGUCGAAUUUUGAAAACUGGAUUUGAAUCGGAUGUGUAUGCGUCCUGUGGUUUACUAAAUAUGUAUGUAUCCUGUGCAGAUAUGGUAGCAGGAUUGAAAGUGUUUGAAGCUAUUCCUAAGUGGAAUGUGGUGGCUUGGACUAAUUUGAUUUCUGGGUAUGUUAAUAAUGGUUGGCCAAAGAAAGCAAUAGAGGUGUAUAAAGAGAUGGAGUUUUGGAGUGUAGAGUCUAAUGAAAUAACCUUGGUUAAUGUAUUAGUUGCAUGCUCUCAUAGUAGAGAUAUAAAUUCUGGAAAAUGGGUUCACAGUCGUAUCUGCCAUCAGGGAUAUGAUCCAUUUGAAUCAAACUCAAAUUUCAACAUAAUACUUGCAACUGCCAUUAUAGAUAUGUAUGCAAAAUGUGGUAGCUUGGGAUACGCAAGGAAGUUGUUUGACAAAAUGCCUCAAAAAAACUUGGUUGCAUGGAAUUCCAUGGUUGGUGCUUAUAUUCAAUAUGGCAGGGUUGAGGAGGCACUAGGUCUGUUUCGUGAUAUGAUGAUUGGUGGGUUUCAACCGGACAUAGCUACAUCUUUUAGCAUCAUAGGUAUCUCUGCUCAUUUGGGGGCUUUAUCAUUGGGACAAAAUAUUCAUUCAUUUGUAUUGAAGACCAACAUUGUCAAGGAUAUUGCCGUUGGAACUGCCCUAUUAGAUAUGUAUGCUAAAGUUGGAGAUGUAAUAAGUUCGCAUAAGAUCUUUUGUGAAUUGCAAAAGAAAGACACGAUUGCAUGGACAAGCAUGAUAAUUGGUUUAGCCAUGCAUGAGCAUGCAGAGGAAGCUCUAAGUACUUUCAAAAGAAUGCAAGAGGAUCCUAAUGUAAUCCCUGACGAGAUCACAUACAUUGGGGUUCUAUUUGCAUGUAGCCAUCUUGGGUUGGUAGAAGAAGGUCAGAGACAUUUCACUUCAAUGGUAGAUGAUUAUAGCAUAGAGCCAACAAUAGAGCAUUAUGGUUGCAUGGUUGAUCUCUUGAGUCGAGCAGGCCGCUUUGAAGAGGCAGAGAGGGUAGUGAAGAAAAUGCCAACCCAACCAAAUAUUGCCAUAUGGGGUGCUCUUUUAAAUGGUUGUGAGAUUCAUGGAAACGUGAAUUUAGCUGAUCAAUUGAGAAGCCGUAUAACAGAAUUGGAACCUCGGGGUAGUGGAGUUUAUGUUCUUCUUUCCAAUAUAUAUGCUAGUGUUGGUAAAUGGCAAGAAGCAAAACUGGCUAGAGAGCUGAUGACACAUAGAAGGAUUGCAAAAACUCGAGGGCACAGUACAAUUGAACUGAAAUUGUUGAACUUGUAAUUACUUGUGCAAUUUUACUUCAAAAGGAUUUUGAGUUA